AUGGGCGCUGUUGUAGUGGACGAUGUUGGUUUCCCGGGCUCCUUCGAGUUCUGGUCCCUCCCAUGCUCUGCAAGUGUGGAGAAUCUGCAGUUCAUCUCCUCGACUGCUCCUCCCUCGGUGACAGUCGGCGGCGUGGACUUUGGGGGGUCCGCUGAAGAAGGCCUCCCUGAGGGGAUGCCGGAGGAUGAGGACAGUGAAGAUGAUAUUGAUGUUGACGAACUGGAGAGAAGAAUGUGGAGGGACAGGCUGAGGCUGAAGCGGUUGAAGGAGCAGCAGCAGAACAAGAGCAAGGACCAAGGCGACGCGGCGAAGCAGCGCCAGUCCCAGGAGCAGGCCAGAAGGAAGAAGAUGUCCCGUGCCCAAGAUGGAAUCCUCAAGUACAUGCUGAAGAUGAUGGAGGUCUGCAAGGCGCAGGGGUUCGUCUACGGCAUAAUCCCCGAGAAGGGGAAGCCCGUCAGCGGGGCUUCAGACAACCUCCGGGGAUGGUGGAAAGAGAAGGUUCGCUUCGAUCGCAACGGGCCGGCGGCCAUCGCCAAGUACCAGGCGGACAACGCCCUGCCGGGGAGCAAAACCGAGACGAACUCCGACAUCUCGACGCCCCGCACCUUACAGGAGCUUCAGGACACAACCUUGGGGUCCCUUCUCUCGGCGCUUAUGCAGCACUGUGAUCCUCCACAGAGGAGGUUCCCCCUGGAGAAGGGGGUUCCACCGCCGUGGUGGCCGACCGGGAACGAGGAGUGGUGGCCCCAGCUGGGAAUCCCCCGAGAGCAGGGGCCUCCGCCAUACAAGAAGCCCCACGACCUCAAGAAAGCGUGGAAGGUCAGCGUUCUGACUGCCGUCAUCAAGCACAUGUCCCCUGACGUCAACAAGAUCCGCAAGCUCGUCAGGCAGUCAAAGUGCCUCCAGGACAAGAUGACGGCCAAGGAGAACCAGACCUGGUCAGUCGUGAUAAGCCAGGAGGAGGCGCUGGCCCGGCAGCUGCACCCGGACGCUUGCCCUCAGCCUUCACUGGGCUGCGCCAGCAGCGGGACCUUCUCAUACGGCAGCACUACCGAGUACGACGUCGACGGAUUCGACGAUGUCACCAACGUGGGAAUGGCCGACAGCAAGGUCACCGACGGGGGUCUGUUCAACGUCGGCGUCAACCCCGCGAGGGAGAAGCUCCUGGCGGUGCCGCCGCUUGUCAAGGAAGAGGCCGGGGUGGAUUUCAUACAGAAGAGAACGGCUCCCUCCAACGUGGAGCAGAUUUUCAGCCACAGAACCUUCACCUGUGAGAACGGCCAGUGCCCCCACCACGACCCCCGCUUGGGGUUUGUCGACAAGAACGCAAGGAACAACCACCAGUAUGCAUGCCAGUAUCAGAGCGGCAGCUUCUCUCAGCGCCUGGCCGGGCCGGGCUUCCACGUCCAGGAGGACAAGCCGCAGGCCUUCUCGCUGCCGCUGAGCCAACCGAAGGCCGCCCCCGCCGCCCACUUCAUGGGCAACCACGGAGCGUUGGACGUCUCUGCACUGGGCAUCCCCGCCGAUGGGCAGAAAUCGAUCAACGAGCUCAUGUCGUUCUACGACACCAACGUCAACCCGAGCAAGCAGAUCGGCGACGCCGCCAGGGCCGUUGACCCGGCCGACGACCAGCCGCGGAUUCAGAUGGACGCCUUCUUCAGACAGGCCCUCGGGAUGGGGGCCGACGCCGUCUUUGAAGACUCCAGCAGCUCGAUGCCGGGGAACUCCUUCCUCCAGGAGGAGAUCGCCUUCCAGCCCUCCUUCGAUAACCAUCAAGGAGCCGCUAAUGCCGAUCUCAGAUUCAACUCUCUCGGUUUCUCAAGCAUGGACUUCGGCGGGCUGCAGAGAAUGACCGGCGACUCGACGCCGAAGCUCAGUUGCUCAAACUGGCCCUUCUGA